AUGAGACAAAAGAGAGCCAAGCAGUACCGUAAGCAAAUGCAAGUUUUGCGUACCACGUUCAAAUUUAAAACUCCAAUUCAAUGUCUAGUUGAUGAUAGUACAAUAAUAGAGGCAGCCAAUACAAGAUACGAUCUAAUCAAAGGAGUCAACAGUGUUGUGCAGAAUGAGACCAAGUUUUUCGUUACCCAAUGCUGUAUCCAACAUUUAUAUGAUUCCAACAACCAACCUGCCGUUGAUCUAGCCAAGAAGAUGGAGAAGAGAAGGUGUGGUCAUAAGGACACCCUGUCUUCCUUUGAGUGUAUCAAGAGCAUAACCAAUGUGGAUGGUGAAAACAAGUAUCGGUAUCUUGUUGUCACGCAGAAUGAGAGUCUAAGAACCAGUUUAAGAAACGUUGCUGGAGUUCCCCUGUGCUUUUUACACCGUAGUGUGAUGGUGAUGGAACCAUUAAGUAAAGUUACAAAGAGGGUCGUUGAUGCCGUGGAGAGGAUGAAGUUAACACAAGGGCUCAACAACGUCAAUGCCGGGAAAAGAACGCUUGAAGAAGAGGAAGCAAAUACAGAGGACGACAAGCCAAAGCCGAAAAAGAGGAAAGCCAAGGGUGUGAAUCCUCUAGCCAUGAAGAAGAAGCAAAAGAAGCCUAUACAAGGAAACCACAAGGAGAAAACACAGCAGAAGUUGGAGCCAGAAGAAGGCCACAAUGACUCACAGAGUAAUAACGACAAUGGCGAAGAGAAGAAGAAGCGCAGAAGACGCAGACAUCACACCAACUCGGAACCAGGAGGUGAAGGUCCUGUAAAAGAAACACAACCGGUAGAGUCUAUACCCACUGGAGAAGGCUUCGCCUUAGUCGAGAGCACAGACUAA